AUGGUCGAAGAUAUGAAAGCAGAUGAGAAGAACGAGCCCAAGGCUCCUCUUCUGUCAGCUAAAUUAUCGUACCCGACACGUCCCUAUGUCGCUCAAAUGCCUGCAUUGAUGCGUCUUAUUGGUCAUUACACUGAUGCUGGUCGACCGAUGCCAGCACCUGGUUCACCUCAAGCUGAAACAGCUCUUCGUAGUUAUCAAGAGGAUGAACAAGAACAGAAACUUGUUUAUAAUCAGGAUACUCAACCAAUCGAAAAAGUCAAUCCAUUUGUUCGUUGGCAUCGACGAUGGUAUCGUAGUAAAAUCGUUGAGCCAACACCAGUAGUCGGUGCAUUAUAUUCAUCAUAUAAUAUGGCUCUUGAACCUUGGGCUAUGGGUCUUGGUGAUAAUGCUUGUACCAAAUUAUUCAAACAGUAUCGAAUGUGCACUCAUAUGAUGCCGAGUACUCGCCGUUCUUUAUGCGAAGAUGAAAGAGAAGAUGUUCGUGAAUGUCUCCAUGGACAGAAACGAUUUCUUCGUCAACAAUACAUGUAUCAACACCGUGUUAAGAAAAGCCUUCCAUUUCCAGAAGAUCCGAUCAUCGACGGUUAUAAUUGGCCUUCAUUUAAAUAUUUGAACUAA